GAAAUCUGCUUUAAUCUGGAAACGGGUGGCUACUUUCUCCAAUCAACAAACUCCAGAUCACCUGAUCAUCGUCUGUGUCUGCUUACCUGCUGUGAUCAUGCUAUGUUUUCAAAAACUGCUGCUGCAGUGCGUUUGUCUAGAAGUGAUAUGUUUCACCUUUGCCUACAAUGCCGAUUACACGAUAAAACUGCCUACAAGUAUGACAGCACUGAAAGGCUCCUGUGUGGUCAUACCCUGUGAAUUUUCCAUUCCUGAUUAUGAUAAAUAUGCUGAAUCCAUAAUUGGCAUGUGGCACUUUGAUAAUUGGGAAUACAUUAAUCAUCCUGACUCUUCGCAAGUAGUGACCCGAUUUAAAGGACGUACAGAUCUGAUUGGAGAUUUGCAAAAGCAUGAUUGCUCUCUGAAGAUUGAUGAAGUGAAAGUGGAUGACACUGGUCCAUUUUGUUUUAGAUUUGAAGUACCAAGGAAUAUUAAGGCAUCAUAUGUGAAUCAUAUGGUAUUAAUACACAUUACAGACUCUCCUGAUGCGCCCUCAAUAAAUUGCUUGCCUGAACUCAAAGCUGGUGUUGCUGUAACUGUGACUUGCUCUGUCCCUCACACUUGUCCGACAAACCCCCCUAAUAUUAUCUGGAGUUACACCAACGCCUUUUUCACAGUUUACCACAACAAAACAGGGAAUGGAGCAUGGCAAGUGUAUUCAGUCCUCAAGUUCGUACCAUUAGCAAGUGACCAUAAGAGCCGUCUGACAUGCACUGCCAAGUACUGGGGAGGAAAGCAAGCAGAUAUCUCUGUCUUGUUAAAUGUCACAUAUCGGCCUAAAAAUGUCAACAUUGAGUACAAAGAGUCUAGAAUAAAGGAAGGAGCCUCUGUUGGCCUGCUGUGUGCCAGUGAUAGCUACCCUCCUGCCAGUCGCUAUCAGUGGUACAAUGUAAUUCGAGAUCAAACACUGAGACUGCCGCAAACCAGUGCAACAAUCUAUGUGCAGAAUGUGUCCAGAAAGACCGGAACCUUUUUUUGCACCUCGCAGAACACUGAGGGGUUCACCAACUCUACUACAGUGAGGCUUAAUGUGGAGUACAAGCCGGAGAUUCUGUCGGAAUCAGCCUGUACCGUCGACAUCACAGGACAGCUAACUUGUCAGUGCAUUGUGGAUUCCAAUCCUCCACCUGAGAUUGAGUGGCGCGUUUCAGGCAGCAUCCUGAGUGAAUCUAACACCGGCCUGAACUCAUUCUUCAUUAAUAACACCAGAGGACAGCAGAACACAGUGACAAAAGUCCUGCAGGGAUGGGUGCCCUUCACAGGAAACCUCUCUUGCUCUGCCACCAACACCCAAGGGAAAGCCUCAAUGUCAUUCACACGUCCAAAGAGUGAUCUCUACAUAUACAUAGCAAUUGUGGCUGCUGUGUUGAUUAUAGCUACUGGUGCUGGACUGUGCCGACUGAAAUUAAAGAGAAAUGAGAGAACAAAACAUGCUGCCAGAAUUGCUUUCACAAAUAAUUAUGGACAAACUAAGUCGGAAAGAGAGACUGAAACCCAGGAUUAUGACAUGAAUGACAUUUAUGAAAAUGUUCAGGCAGGUGAAGAUAUUUAUGUGAAUGUAAACACAGUGACCACAAGAGGACUACGGAAUGAAUCACUGCAACUAGGAUCACCUUAGUUGGAACAACAAUGUGAAAACAAACAGAAUAUCGGCCAUUAUUUAAGGCUGUACAAUCACACAUGUCAAGUCACACUCAUUGAAAACAAGAAGUAAGAAAUGACCAUGCAUUUUCAUGCGGUAAUACUGAAUCUCACGCCUCCUGAUUUUUUAAAAAUCUCACUCAUUUGGCUUGGCUGACCUUGGUUUCUCUGCUUGGGUACCUCUUGUUUCCAAACACGUGACGUUGAAAGGUCAACACAAUAUGUUAUGUUUUUUUGGAUUUAGAAAAAAGGUGAACUCAGCUAUUGUAAGGUAAUAAUUGUAAUUACCAUUGUAGCCAAAAUCAUAAUGAUCUAAUUAUCCGAUUUACACAAGCAUGGUGUCCACCAAUUUGACAUAUUGCUUGUGACAGCUUUCAUCUCAAAGCUUUCCAGGGCCUAGCAAAAACUUUAAACAUUUGUAGUAUUCUGUGAUGUGAUUUACAGUGUUGUAUUCUUUUCAAUUUUAUUGAAAAAAAAAAAAAAAGCUUAUGGUGUGAUUAAUACAAAAAUAAUAAAA